AUGGAAUUCGAAGAUUUAAAAAUCGAAGUUCCUUUAGAUUCAGAUUUUUCUUAUCUUUUUAAUGUACCUGUUAAGAAAUAUGAGAAUAAAGACCGUGGUUGUUUUAUUACUGGUUUUGAUGUUGUUUCCGAGGAAGCUGAAGAGAAACGAAUGAAGCGAGCCAAGAGGUUUGGUCUUCAUGAGAAAGAUAACAAAGAUUUAUCUGUUACUGAAGCACUUCCUAGUUUCUUGGAAAUCCUCCCAACAGUAAAUGAUGAUGCGAAACUUCGUCCUGAUGCUAUCUUAUUGUUUGGUGUGAAUGAAAUGAGUACAAAAGAUGUUUUUGAUUAUUUUAAAGAUUACGUGCCCAACUCCAUUGAAUGGAUCGAUGAUAUAUCAUGUGUUGUUAUUUGGGAUGAUGACAAUUCUGCAAAACGUGCCUUGAUGAAUGUGGGAAAAUAUUUCAUUUCCCAAAAUAACAAGGCAACUGGUCAUGAUGAAAAUGUUUGGAGGAUUGGAAUUCAACAUCCGAAAGCUAAACAACUGCUGAUGAGAGUUGCUACAACAGCAGACAAGAAAAUUAAAGGUGCUUCAUCAAGAAGUAUGUAUUAUCUAAUUCAUGGUCAGCCUAAGAAAAAUAAGAGAGUGAAGAAAAGAGGUUUGAUCACUUCAUCAAGGCAACGAAAAAUUAAUGCUGAAUUGAUGCAUAUCAAAAAAGAGUUGCAUGAAGGUCCAAAUGUAGAAAUUGUUGAAGAAAAUUUAUAUAAUCCUACCGAAACAUUUGAAGAAGAAAUGGAUCUAGAUGAGCCUUCAAUUAAAGUUUUAAUAUCAGAGGAUGUUUUCCAAAAAAGGCAAGCACCUGAAGGAAAUUUAUAUUCGGACAAACACCAGUUAACUAAUGUAAAAUCUCGACUGAAGAGCACUGCUGAUUAUCCUCUUGAUCCCGCUAAAAUGGAUCAUGUUGAUCCUGUAAACUCUAUAUCUGAUUUACCAGACCUGAGACAUAAACUGGGCAAACGUAAAAAGAAAUUUAAUGUGUUUUAAAAAAUAUGAAGGCCUAUUUGCACUGUGAAAUGUACCUUUUUAACUAUGCCCUAGUCUAUAGCAUUAUAUUCUAUGGUUGCUUUUGCCAUUGAGAAAAUCUUGUCAUAAAUACAUUUUUUGUCAAACUUUCCA